AGAAGGCCCGAGCGUGUAUCGCGCGGAGUUCCUCUCGCGUGGAAAAUCCGCUUCUUUCGAGCAGCCGGCCACGCACCAGGCGCAUUCUUGCCCGCGACUCGCGCGUGCACGGAAGAAACUCGAAGAACCGGAGAAACUCUUGUUCGAUCGAGAUCUCGCGAGACCGCUUCUUCCUUCGCGCGUUUACGUCGUGUCGUGUCCUCGCCCUCCGAAAGGGCGCGCGUCGCGACUCCGAAAGAUAUCCGGGAUAUCAGCGUGAACACCACCGCACGUGUCUCCUCCAGUUCUUCCUCUGGUGCUUCCCCAAGUUGGCCUCUUAUUACGGAUUCGGCGUACGUCGCGCAGAGGAAAAAAACCUCCCCAGAAUUUGUUAGAAACUAUUCCUUGUCUCCUCCUACACCCUUCUCUCCUCGUGAGUGCAAGAAGAACACGCUGGAAUCCUAGAAAAGGCUCGCAGGAUGUCGGAAAAAUUCCUGCAGAUGUAGUUGUACAGUGUGCACUCCUCGAGGACUGCAGUGCUGCUUGUUGCUGCUCGAAAGUUGCUGGUUAAAUAAUUAUUCGCUAAGGUUGAGGAAUAACUAUUUAAGAAAUUAACUUAAUGAAAGAACUGAAAUUAAGGAGAUACGAUUUGCAACAAGUAAAAUUAGUAUGCGUUACGAGAUAAAGUGUUAGUAGCAAGAAGUGCUUUCAUGAUGCAGUGAUUACUAUGUUGAGAGAGAUCGAUUACGCGCAAGACACAAUCGUAAAAUAUUUCAGUAUUUUUUGACGGGAGACGAAGGUGAAAUUUAUUCAUCGAUUGAGACAAUUCAAGGUUUAAGGAAAUCGUUCGCUGUCGAGCGUGUGACAACGUGACAAAGUGCUGUCGAAAAUAUAUUAAGUGGAACAAGUGUUCGCGGGUGUGAAAGAGAGGGUUUCGGUGCAUUCUUCAGAGAUGGUCAGCCAACACGCGAUGGCCACCACCGUUCGCAAAGUCAAGCAGGAGAACCGUCUCAGGCGGCAAAAUCAGAAUCAAGAUGAGGAGGGACUUUACAAGCCAGUACCACCACCGAAACCGGUGCCGAACAAUCAGAAGAGCCAGAACGACCAGCAAGAGAAUAGGGUGCAAACGGUAGCCGAGCAGCAAUCGUCGCUUAGGGCCGCCAUAGAAAGAAACGCCGGUCUCGACGACGGUCAGCUUCGCAGUUCCGGGCAGAACAUUGCACCGGAAUACAGGAUGCCACCACUCUACGGGGAGGAGCAGAGUUCAAGUCAGACUCAACAGCCGGCUAACUUACAAACCCACAGUAGCAAAUUUCCGAUAGAACGCGAGGUAGUGCUGUCGUCGACAGACAAGAAUUCAAAAAUCCCUAUCCUUCAUGAGUACAAACAAAAAACUGCAGGAAGAGUCGCAAUUGCACCGGAUGCGCCGAUCAAGCAGCAGGCUUGGGUUCAAGAAGGAACUCAGAUGCAAGAAGUGAGACAGGAGAGCCAAGCAAGGAGCUACCACCCCCCGGAGUCCUACGCGUCGACGUCGGCAUCAGCGGCGGCAACAGCGACGAGAAACACAAAGAUCGAUGAGGAGAAGACGAAGUCUCUCUCGAGAACGUAUCACACGAUCAAGGACAUGAUAUCCAGUCGUUUCGGUCAGAGUCGGAAGGAUACUGAAACGGAACCAGAGGCUAGCUUGAAUAAUGUCACCGAGGAAUUGAGAAAAUCCAGCAGAAGCAUCGAUGAGGAAGAGGCCAAGAAGAAGGAGGGGAUCUAUGGGAAACCGAGGGCGCAGGAACCCGCUGUUAACAUGCAACAGUACCCUAAAAAUACAUGCGGUCAGUACGGACACUCGUACAGUUACCUGAGCAAUCAACAGAACGUACCACUUCCUGGCCAACUGCAGCCUACCACGCAGAUCCAACCUAAUUUGCCAGGUCAAAGUGCACAGCUCCACGUGACGCACCAUGCACCGACCGGAGGAGUUCAAACGGUCCAUCAAACGCAAGUUCCCAGCUUCGGCCAAUCAGCGACAGGUGGUAGCCAGCAGGUGCAGAAUGUCGCGAGGGAAUACGUUGUCCAGGGACCGUCUGGACUGCCGAGUCAGCAAUUGCAUCAAGGAAUCCAUCAGAACUCUCAGAGCCAGGGCCAAAGCACGCCAACGCAGAAAACGCACGGCUUGCCAAUGCAACAACACCAAGUGAACCCAGGUAUGCAGCAAUCGAACCAAACCUUCCAAAGCCCUCAGCAGGUGCUGCACCAGAACCAGAACCAUCAUCAGAGUCCUCGCUUCGCGCAGCAACACGCGCAGAACAUGCACCAGCGGCAACUAAUCCAGCAGAUACAUCAACAGCAACUGGCCAACCAGCAGCAGAACAGUCAAACGGGUGCGAGGAACGUGCAACAAACGUACUUCUCGAACAACGUGUCUUAUCAGCAGUAUCAGCAGGCGAGACAGGCGAUGUCAAGGUCCCAAAUCGACUUGCCGAGCACAUCGAGGCAAACGCAGGAACUUAGGCUCUCUGGGCAGGAGGUUUACUAUCAUUAUGCCCAGGGUAGGCCUAGGUACGGCGUACCCCAGGUUUACAUGAAGACGGAAUGCAACCAGGAAAUCGAGUUCCAGCAACGGAACUCGACCAAGGGCAUCGAGAAGGCUGUCUCGCAGCCUCAGUUAUGCUACGAGGAUGAGCGGGUCAACGAGCAAACUAGGAACACUGUGGAACCCAUGAAACCUUUGACUGUCGAUCGACUGGACAAGGAGAGGUACGAAAUCACUGUAGAGAAUCACGGAGAAUUCAAUAGGAACGACUCUCAAAGGAACGACGAAUACAGACCGGAAACCAGAUUCGGUAUCCGCAGAGACGAAGCGAUCAGGUGUUCCAAACGAGAACCGGACGGAGUUUCUGGCCAGGAGAGCCAAGAGUCGGAGGGCACUUCGGUCCAAAAGAGAAUCGAGGAGUUGCAGAAGAGAGUCGAAGAGAAUCACUACAGCUCGAAAGCAUCCAAAGAUAAUGCGGAAGACACGGCUAGGAACUCGUCCGCGCCGAAGGUCAUCAACGAAAGCAAGAGAGAGAAUCAGUACGGGAAGGACUCUGCUGUGAAGUUGGACUCCAAGAAAGAUGAGCUGGAACAUGGCAUAGGGCGGUUGAAGAUCCAGAAUCAAGGAUCUGGAUCGGAUUACGAUAAAGCUGGACAGAGUUCAUCUAAUGUGGACUCGGGGAGAGGAUCGGCUGUCUAUUCCAGCGGAAGACGACCUCCGCCUGAGCAUCAGACCCAUCCUCCAGUGCAAGACUCCGUAUGGGUGGACAUAGUGGAAUCUGAGUUAAGGAGCAUUUUGGAGCCGAAAGAUGUGCCCGCGAUGGCGCAUUCGACGCUAUCCGAAAGUGUAUCAUCCGUGACGCCACCAUUGCCGCCACUCUCGCCCCAUGAAAGUCCCAGAACGCCGAGAAAUCGAUACUCAGCGAGCUUACCAUACGGGUCGAAACCUAAUUACAGCGAUUACAGUAAGGCCUUGGAGAAAAGAGGAUUAUCUGGUAGUUCGAAGCAUCGUGGCGCCUCCCUGUCCAGGAAAGAAGCUGCGAAGAAGUUUUCUCACCUUUUCGGUGUGGAAGCAGCGGACCUAACUUCGACGACGACUGGGCUCGAUUUAGACUCUAUGCUGGACAGAAGCGACUCCGACUUAAGCACGAACGACGCGAGGACUAUUAGAAAGCAGUUGGAAGGCUUGGAGAACAUGUACAGCGAGGUGUUAAAACUGCUUGGCGGCAGCGUGAAGAAAAGACGAAAGACCAGAGGCCUUAUUAGUUACGGUUCCGUCUCGUCGUUGCCCACGUCAUCUGUUUCAUCUAGACCAGUCACAAGGCAUCAUGACAAACGCAGAUCCCACGCGAUCGACGACAGAAUGAAGAAAGCCAAAGACAUUAAGAGCAUCAACAAGCGCUUUCAGCGGCUAGAGUCUCAUGUGGUCACACUGGCGAGGUCGGUGGCUCACCUGAGCUCGGAGAUGAGGACGCAGCAUCUGAUGAUACAGGAAAUGGAGAACAUAAGGGGCGAGAUUGCGGCACUGAGGACACAGACGAGCAUGGCGAUGGUGAGAUCACAGUCACAGCCGUUGAUCAAGGACUCAGAGUUACCUGCCCUCUCGAAUCCUUCGAGGGUGAAAAAGCUGACCAAGUUCUUCGGCACGGAACCACCCCUCAUUCGACUGUUCCUGAGGGAACUUGGGUAUGAGAAAUAUGCGAACGCAUUCGAGAAAGAGAAGGUAGGAAUGGUGGAGCUUCCCUAUCUAAGCGAGGAGAGGUUACAGAAAAUGGGAGUGCCCCUGGGUCCAAGGUUGAGGAUCCUUCAGGAAGCCAGGAUAUCGGUGUGCAAGGACCCGAUUUACGUCGUAUGAGAUCCUCAAUGUGUUCAAAAUGAAGGAACAGUUCGAGAAUGGAUGCCAAUAGGGGUUGAAAAUAUCUGGAAACUGAUUUCUCCGCGUAUUUUCAGAAUAGCAACGAUCGACUGGUUUUACUUUCCAUUGGUAGGUUUUAAAGACGACGAAGAAUAACGGAGUGAAUGAAUUUAUGUCUUUAGAAGUACUGAAUAGCAAAUUGUUAAGUUCUAGGAGCGAAUGUGUGUAUGUAUAGGAAUUCAGUCUGCUCGCAAGAUAAAACAAAACUACUGUUGCAACGCUUUAAACUUUAAAUUCGGAAAGUUUAACGUUACCGUGCGUUUCCACGGGGUUCACUGUAACUACUUCUUUACCAUAGGUUAAUUUAUUUACGUUUAAUGAAAAUCGUGCUAAAGAAACUAGUAACCAAGCAGAAAGAGAGAGAGAGAGAGAGAGAGAGAGAGAGAGAGAGAGAGAGAGAGGGAGAGAGAGAGAGAGAGAUGGAUUAGUUGUUUUUCGAAAGUAUGGAUAAUACAUAUUGUUACAUGCGAUACAAACUGUACGUUUUGUUAUCCGGGAGUCCCAUAUUUAUUAUAAAUUAUUAGCAAUUUGUACAACGUCGCUGUUCUCACUCGUACGAAUCUCGUCGCUUCCAAAGCAGGCAAUAAAAAGGCAAAAUACUAACAUGAAUGUAAAUAUCAUUCGGCAUAUCGGAUUAACCACAUCAAUUAUCUAUUUAUACAAAGGAAACACUUGUCCGCUUCACCGUGGUGAAGUCAUCACUGUUUGUAUCAUAAUUGAAUUGAGAAAUUUAUUAUAGGAAAUCGUAGUAUUAAGUUUUUUCUAUUUUGUAUAUUUAUAAUAAAUUGUUAAGUGUAACGCGACAAGGAUAGGUAAUGUAUUGUUAACGCAGACUGCAUUGUACAGUUUCGAUCAAUGAAUUCGAACAGAUAAAGUAA